GUUCCCUGCGCUCAGCCAUUCUACACAGCCCGAAGUUACGACCACACCGUAAAGUGAGAAGGAAAACGUGAGAGGGAGGGAGAGAAGAAAAAAGAAAAGUCGUUAAAGACAAAGAAAGUUAUCCAAAAACACAACUCGGACAGCAUCGGACGGUUGGGACAGAAAACUUUUCGCGGCUGUGGCAGAAAGGCAUGUGCGACGGAGGAUGCUUAUGCCAAGGUGUUAAACCUUUUUGGAAGCAGUGAACUGCUCCCAGAAAACAGAACAGAGGUGUGGCGGAGGAGGGUGUCCGGUAGUGCUUGAGCACCCGGGACAGAUAUUAGGACUGAGACAGCCCAGUCCAGUGGAGAACUCAAGGGGAAACAGUGGAGAGCUCAAGGAUUUGAAGUAAGCCGAUUUGAUGGCUGACGAAGAAGACACACGAGAAGUGCUCUUCCCUCAGUGGAUGGGCCCUGAUAAACAUGGGCUUACAAUAGAGCAAAAGGGUCAUGGAGAGAUUUUUGUCAAGGAAGUGAAAGAAGAAUCUCCUGCUGCUCAUACUGGGAGAGUAUUUGAAGGUGAUCAAAUUGUUGGUGCCACAAUCUACUUUGAGAAUAUGAGCUCAGAAGAAACAGCAGAUUUAUUGAAGACUCUUAACAGACACAAAGUUGGACUAAAACUACAGCACAAGACUGGAGACAAAUCACCUUCUCACUCUCCCAUGGGCACAUUGUCAUGGGAACCACGAAGUGGAUUUGGAGGUUCUAGUCCUGAUAUCAUCCUGAGUGGGGAUGACGAGGAGUACAGGAGGAUCUACACUAAGAAAAUUAAGCCCAGACUGAAGUCUGAGGACCUUGCAGAGGGAGUUGAUGUACGUACAGAACGUCACAGCAGUACAAGUAGUGAUGGCAGCACCAUUACAACCAUUACCCGCCGUAUCACUACGUACACUGUGGACAUACCGGGGGGAUCUGGCCAGCAACAGAUUGAUAUUUCAUGCCCAGAAUUCAAAAUGAAUGUUUCAGAGGGUAGCUCUGCUCAAAUUCAAUUGCCUCAUGGAAACAUAAGUAGGGUCAGUGGGCAAGAGGGUUUAGAUCUUGAAGAAGGUAGAUUAAGAGAUCCAGAGGGCUCCUCUGAGAAGCACUGGAGUACAGCACAUGUCAAAACAUCAAUUACAACAAAAGGAACAGAGGGAAGUGUGAGUGAUUUGAGAUUUAAUAUAUAUGACACUGGACUGUCAGCAGUAAAAACACAUGGGGGAGAAGGGUCUUCUGAAUGGAUUCAACAUGAUAAUAGCGUAAGAGACAAAGGCUCACUCACAUCAGACACAAACACAGGUUAUGCCGAUCUCUCAGUUACACUUGGCAUAGGGGCAGAUAAGGAUCAGGUAAGCAAUAGUGAUAAAAUGUUGAAAAUGAAACGUGAAGUUACUAUUGCAGGGACAGAAGCUGAAAAGGAUAUCAAAGCACCCAAAGUGGACAUUAUAGGUCCAGAGGGAUCAGAAGGAGGAGUUAAGAUGUCAAAAAUAAAAGUGUCAUCAAUUGAAAUUAAGGGUCAAAAGGCUGACAAGAGUGAUGCAGACAUAGGUAUUCCCAAAAGUGAGGUUGACAUCAAAGCAGCAAAAAUAGAAAUCAAGGCUCCUGGUGUUAUAGACUCAAAGCUGAAUUUGACAUCCGUUUCAGGUUCAGAAAUGGCAAAAAUGGAUAUUAAUAUUAAGGGCCCUAAGGUAAAAAGGGAAGUUGAUGUUUCGGUGCCAAAAGUUGAAGGCGAUGUCAAAGCACCUAAAGUGGACAUCAAAGGUCCAGAUGUUGAUAUUGAGGGCCCUGAAGGUGGAUACAAAAUGCCAAAAAUCAAAAUGCCAUCAUUUGGAUUGAAGGGUCCGAAGCUUGAAGGCCCUGAUGUUGAUGGUAGUCUUCCUAAAGGAGACGUUGAUAUAAAAGGACCAUCAGUAGAUAUCAAGGCACCAGAAAUUGAUAUUGAGGGACCUGAAGGAAAAGUGAAGGGUCAAAAAUUCAAGAUGCCAUCCAUCUCUGGUCCAAAGAUCUCUAUGCCAGAUGUGGAUUUCAACCUUAAAGGCCCUAAGGUGAAAGGGGAAGUUGAAGCAUCAGUGCCAAAGCUUGAAGGGGACAUCAAAGCACCUAAAUUGGACAUCAAAGGUCCAGAUGUUGAUAUUGAGGGCCCUGAAGGUGGAUUCAAAAUGCCAAAAGUCAAAAUGCCAUCAUUUGGAAUUAAGGGUCCGAAGCUUGAAGGUCCUGACGUUGAUUUAAAUCUCCCAAAAGCUGAAGUUGACAUAAAAGGACCAUCAGUAGAUAUCAAGGCACCAGAUCUUGACAUUGAGGGACCUGAGGGCAAAGUGAAAGAUCCAAAAUUCAAGAUGCCAUCAAUUUCUGGUCCAAAGAUCUCCAUGCCAGAUGUGGAUUUCAACCUUAAGGGUCCUAAGGUGAAAGGGGAAGUUGAUGUCUCAGUGCCAAAAGUUGAAGGGGACAUCAAAGCACCUAAAGUGGACAUCAAAGGUCCAGAUGUUGAUAUUGAGGGAACUGAAGGCGGAUUCAAAAUGCCAAAAAUCAAAAUGCCAUCAUUUGGAAUGAAGGGUCCGAAGCUUGAAGGUCCUGACGUUGAUUUAAAUCUCCCAAAAGCUGAAGUUGACAUAAAAGGACCAUCAGUAGAUAUCAAGGCACCAGAUCUUGACAUUGAGGGACCUGAGGGCAAAGUGAAAGGUCCAAAAUUCAAGAUGCCAUCAAUUUCUGGUCCAAAGAUCUCCAUGCCUGAUGUGGAUUUCAACCUUAAGGGUCCUAAGGUGAAAGGAGAAGUUGAAGCAUCAGUGCCAAAGCUUCAAGGAGACAUCAAAGCACCUAAAUUGGACAUCAAAGGUCCAAACGUUGAUAUUGAGGGCCCUGAAGGUGGAUUCAAAAUGCCAAAAGUCAAAAUGCCAUCAUUUGGAAUGAAGGGUCCGAAGCUUGAAGGCCCUGAUGUUGAUGUUAGUCUUUCCAAAGGAGUCGUUGAUAUUAAAGGACCAUCACUGGAUAUCACGGCACCAAACGUUGAUAUUGAGGGACCUGAUGGAAAAGUGAAAGGUCCAAAAAUCAAGAUGCCAUCAAUUUCUGGUCCCACGAUCUCCAUGCCAGAUGUGGAUUUCAACCUUAAGGGUCCUAAGCUGAAAGGAGAAGUUGAUGUUUCAGUGCCAAAAGUUGAAGGGGACAUCAAAGCACCUAAAAUGGACAUCAAAGGUCCAGAUGUUGAUAUUGAGGGCCCUGAAGGCGGAUUCAAAAUGCCAAAAAUCAAAAUGCCAUCAUUUGGAAUUAAGGGGCCGAAGCUUGAAGGUCCUGACGUUGAUUUAAAUCUACCAAAAGCUGAAGUUGACAUAAAAGGACCAUCAGUAGAUAUCAAGGCACCAGAUCUUGACAUUGAGGGACCUGAGGGCAAAGUGAAAGGUCCAAAAUUCAAGAUGCCAUCAAUUUCUGGUCCAAAGAUCUCCAUGCCAGAUGUGGAUUUCAACCUUAAGGGUCCUAAGGUGAAAGGAGAAGUUGAAGCAUCAGUGCCAAAGCUUCAAGGGGACAUCAAAGCACCUAAAUUGGACAUCAAAGGUCCAAACGUUGAUAUUGAGGGCCCUGAAGGUGGAUUCAAAAUGCCAAAAGUCAAAAUGCCAUCAUUUGGAAUGAAGGGUCCGAAGCUUGAAGGCCCUGAUGUUGAUGUUAGUCUUUCCAAAGGAGUCGUUGAUAUUAAAGGACCAUCACUGGAUAUCACGGCACCAGACGUUGAUAUUGAGGGACCUGAUGGAAAAGUGAAAGGUCCAAAAAUCAAGAUGCCAUCAAUUUCUGGUCCCACGAUCUCCAUGCCAGAUGUGGAUUUCAACCUUAAGGGUCCUAAGCUGAAAGGAGAAGUUGAUGUUUCAGUGCCAAAAGUUGAAGGGGACAUCAACGCACCUAAAAUGGACAUCAAAGGUCCACAUGUUGAUAUUGAGGGAACUGAAGGCGGAUUCAAAAUGCCAAAAAUCAGUAUGCCAUCAUUUGGAAUUAAGGGUCCGAAGCUUGAAGGUCCUGACGUUGAUUUAAAUCUACCAAAAGCUGAAGUUGACAUAAAAGGACCAUCAGUAGAUAUCAAGGCACCAGAUCUUGACAUUGAGGGACCUGAGGGCAAAGUGAAAGGUCCAAAAUUCAAGAUGCCAUCAAUUUCUGGUCCAAAGAUCUCCAUGCCAGAUGUGGAUUUCAACCUUAAGGGUCCUAAGGUGAAAGGAGAAGUUGAUGUCUCAGUGCCAAAAGUUGAAGGGGACAUCAAAGCACCUAAAGUGGAGCUCAAAGGUCCAGAUGUUGAUAUUGAGGGCCCUGAAGGCGGAUUCAAAAUGCCAAAAAUCAAAAUGCCAUCAUUUGGAAUUAAGGGGCCGAAGCUUGAAGGUCCUGACGUUGAUUUAAAUCUCCCAAAAGCUGAAGUUGACAUAAAAGGACCAUCAGUAGAUAUCAAGGCACCAGAUCUUCACAUUGAGGGACCUGAGGGCAAAGUGAAAGGUCCAAAAUUCAAGAUGCCAUCAAUUUCUGGUCCAAAGAUCUCCAUGCCUGAUGUGGAUUUCAACCUUAAGGGUCCUAAGGUGAAAGGGGAAGUUGAUGUCUCAGUGCCAAAAGUUGAAGGGGACAUCAAAGCACCUAAAGUGGACAUCAAAGGUCCAGAUGUUGAUAUUGAGGGAACUGAAGGCGGAUUCAAAAUGCCAAAAAUCAAAAUGCCAUCAUUUGGAAUUAAGGGUCCGAAGCUUGAAGGUCCUGACGUUGAUUUAAAUCUCCCAAAAGCUGAAGUUGACAUAAAAGGACCAUCAGUAGAUAUCAAGGCACCAGAUCUUGACAUUGAGGGACCUGAGGGCAAAGUGAAAGGUUCAAAAUUCAAGAUGCCAUCAAUUUCUGGUCCAAAGAUCUCCAUGCCAGAUGUGGAUUUCAACCUUAAGGGUCCUAAGGUGAAAGGAGAAGUUGAUGUCUCAGUGCCAAAAGUUGAAGGGGACAUCAAAGGUCCAGAUGUUGAUAUUGAGGGAACUGAAGGCGGAUUCAAAAUGCCAAAAAUCAAAAUGCCAUCAUUUGGAAUUAAGGGGCCGAAGCUUGAAGGUCCUGACGUUGAUUUAAAUCUCCCAAAAGCUGAAGUUGACAUAAAAGGACCAUCAUUAGAUAUCAAGGCACCAGAUCUUGACAUUGAGGGACCUGAGGGCAAAGUGAAAGAUCCAAAAUUCAAGAUGCCAUCAAUUUCUGGUCCAAAGAUCUCCAUGCCUGAUGUGGAUUUCAACCUUAAGGGUCCUAAGGUGAAAGGAGAAGUUGAUGUUUCAGUGCCAAAGCUUGAAGGGGACAUCAAAGCACCUAAAGUGGCCAUCAAAGGUCCAGAUGUUGAUAUUGAGGGCCCUGAAGGCGGAUUCAAAAUGCCAAAAAUCAAAAUGCCAUCAUUUGGAAUUAAGGGUCCGAAGCUUGAAGGUCCUGACGUUGAUUUAAAUCUCCCAAAAGCUGAAGUUGACAUAAAAGGACCAUCAGUAGAUAUCAAGGCACCAGAUCUUGACAUUGAGGGACCUGAGGGCAAAGUGAAAGAUCCAAAAUUCAAGAUGCCAUCAAUUUCUGGUCCAAAGAUCUCCAUGCCAGAUGUGGAUUUCAACCUUAAGGGUCCUAAGGUGAAAGGGGAAGUUGAUGUCUCAGUGCCAAAAGUUGAAGGGGACAUCAAAGCACCUAAAGUGGACAUCAAAGGUCCAGAUGUUGAUAUUGAGGGAACUGAAGGCGGAUUCAAAAUGCCAAAAAUCAAAAUGCCAUCAUUUGGAAUUAAGGGUCCGAAGCUUGAAGGUCCUGACGUUGAUUUAAAUCUCCCAAAAGCUGAAGUUGACAUAAAAGGACCAUCAGUAGAUAUCAAGGCACCAGAUCUUGACAUUGAGGGACCUGAGGGCAAAGUGAAAGGUCCAAAAUUGAAGAUGCCAUCAAUUUCUGGUCCAAAGAUCUCCAUGCCAGAUGUGGAUUUCAACCUUAAGGGUCCUAAGGUGAAAGGGGAAGUUGAUGUCUCAGUACCAAAAGUUGAAGGGGACAUCAAAGGUCCAGAUGCUGAUAUUGAGGGAACUGAAGGCGGAUUCAAAAUGCCAAAAAUCAAAAUGCCAUCAUUUGGAAUGAAGGGUCCGAAGCUUGAAGGUCCUGACGUUGAUUUAAAUCUCCCAAAAGCUGAAGUUGACAUAAAAGGACCAUCAUUAGAUAUCAAGGCACCAGAUCUUGACAUUGAGGGACCUGAGGGCAAAGUGAAAGGUCCAAAAUUCAAGAUGCCAUCAAUUUCUGGUCCAAAGAUCUCCAUGCCUGAUGUGGAUUUCAACCUUAAGGGUCCUAAGGUGAAAGGAGAAGUUGAUGUCUCAGUGCCAAAGCUUGAAGGGGACAUCAAAGCACCUAAAGUGGACCUCAAAGGUCCAGAUGUUGAUAUUGAGGGCCCUGAAGGCGGAUUCAAAAUGCCAAAAAUCAAAAUGCCAUCAUUUGGAAUUAAGGGGCCGAAGCUUGAAGGUCCUGACGUUGAUUUAAAUCUACCAAAAGCUGAAGUUGACAUAAAAGGACCAUCAGUAGAUAUCAAGGCACCAGAUCUUGACAUUGAGGGACCUGAGGGCAAAGUGAAAGGUCCAAAAUUCAAGAUGCCAUCAAUUUCUGGUCCAAAGAUCUCCAUGCCUGAUGUGGAUUUCAACCUUAAGGGUCCUAAGGUGAAAGGAGAAGUUGAUGUCUCAGUGCCAAAGCUUGAAGGGGACAUCAAAGCACCUAAAGUGGACCUCAAAGGUCCAGAUGUUGAUAUUGAGGGCCCUGAAGGCGGAUUCAAAAUGCCAAAAAUCAAAAUGCCAUCAUUUGGAAUUAAGGGGCCGAAGCUUGAAGGUCCUGACGUUGAUUUAAAUCUACCAAAAGCUGAAGUUGACAUAAAAGGACCAUCAGUAGAUAUCAAGGCACCAGAUCUUGACAUUGAGGGACCUGAGGGCAAAGUGAAAGGUUCAAAAUUCAAAAUGCCAUCAAUUUCUGGUCCAAAGAUCUCCAUGCCUGAUGUGGAUUUCAACCUUAAGGGUCCUAAGGUGAAAGGAGAAGUUGAUGUCUCAGUGCCAAAGCUUGAAGGGGACAUCAAAGGUCCAGACGUAGAUAUUGAGGGCCCUGAAGGUGGACUCAAAAUGCCAAAAAUCAAAAUGCCAUCAUUUGGACUUAAGGGCCCGAAGCUUGAAGGUCCUGAUGUUGAUGUUAGUCUUCCAAAAACUGGAGUUGAUAUUAAAGGACCAUCAGUAGAUAUCAAGGCACCAGAUCUUGACAUUGAGGGAUAUGAGGGAAAAGUGAAAGGUCCAAAAUUCAAGAUGCCAUCAAUUUCUGGUCCAAAGAUCUCCAUGCCUGAUGUGGAUUUCAACCUUAAGGGCCCUAAGGUGAAAGGAGAAGUUGAUGUUUCAGUGCCAAAGCUUGAAGGUGACAUCAAAGCACCUAAAGUGGACCUCAAAGGUCCAGAUGUUGAUAUUGAGGGCCCUGAAGGAGGACUCAAAAUGCCAAAAAUCAAAAUGCCAUCAUUUGGACUUAAGGGUCCAAAGGUUGAAGGUCCUGACGUUGAUCUAAAUCUUCCAAAAGCUGAAGUUGACAUAAAAGGACCAUCAGUAGAUAUCAAGGCACCUGAUCUUGACAUUGAAGGACCUGAGGGCAAAGUGAAAGGUCCAAAAUUCAAGAUGCCAUCAAUUUCUGGUCCAAAGAUCUCCAUGCCAGAUGUGGAUUUCAACCUUAAGGGUCCUAAGGUGAAAGGAGAAGUUGAUGUUUCAAUGCCAAAGCUUGAAGGGGACAUCAAAGCACCUAAAGUGGACAUCAAAGGUCCAGAUGUUGAUAUUGAGGGCCCUGAAGGAGGACUCAAAAUGCCAAAAAUCAAAAUGCCAUCAUUUGGACUUAAGGGUCCAAAGGUUGAAGGUCCUGAUGUUGAUCUAAAUCUUCCAAAAGCUGAAGUUGACAUAAAAGGACCAUCAGUAGAUAUCAAGGCACCAGAUCUUGACAUUGAAGGACCUGAGGGCAAAGUGAAAGGUCCAAAAUUCAAGAUGCCAUCAAUUUCUGGUCCAAAGAUCUCCAUGCCAGAUGUGGAUUUCAAUCUUAAGGGUCCUAAGGUGAAAGGAGAAGUUGAUGUCUCAGUGCCAAAGCUUGAAGGGGACAUCAAAGCACCUAAAGUGGACAUCAGAGGUCCAGAUGUUGAUAUUGAGGGCCCUGAAGGAGGACUCAAAAUGCCAAAAAUCAAAAUGCCAUCAUUUGGACUUAAGGGUCCAAAGGUUGAAGGUCCUGAUGUUGAUCUAAAUCUUCCAAAAGCUGAAGUUGACAUAAAAGGACCAUCAGUAGAUAUCAAGGCACCUGAUCUUGACAUUGAAGGACUUGAGGGCAAAGUGAAAGGUCCAAAAUUCAAGAUGCCAUCAAUUUCUGGUCCAAAGAUCUCCAUGCCAGAUGUGGAUUUCAACCUUAAGGGCCCUAAGGUGAAAGGAGAAGUUGAUGUUUCAGUUCCAGAGCUUGAAGGAGAUAUACAAGCACCAAAAGUAGACAUUGAAGGCCCAAAUGUUGACAUUGAAGGCCAUGAAGGAGGAUUUAAAAUGCCAAAAAUUAAAAUGCCAUCAUUUGGAAUUAAAGGUCCAAAGGUUGAAGGGCCUGAUGUAGAUGUAAGUCUUCCUAAAGGUGAACUGGAUAUGAAAGGCCCAUCACUAGAUAUCAAGGCACCAGAAGUAGAUAUUGAGGGACCUGACGGAAAAGUGAAAGGUCCAAAAUUCAAGAUGCCAUCAAUUUCUGGUCCAAAGAUCUCCAUGCCAGAUGUGGAUUUCAAUCUUAAGAGCCCUAAAUUGAAAGCUGAUGUUGAUGUUUCAUUACCAAAAGUUGAAGGGGACAUCAAAGCACCUAAAGUGGACAUAAAAGGUCCAGAUGUUGAUUUUGAGGUUUCAGGGGGAAAAGUCAAGACUCCUAAAGUUGAAAUGGAAGGGACCAAAAUCGACCUUGAUGCUUCAGGAGCUUCAGUCAAGAAAUCUAAGUUUAAAAUGCCAAGAUUUGGAUUGAAAGGUCCCAAAAUGGAAGGGCCAGAUACUGAUGUUAAAGUUCCAAAAGGUGAUGUCACUGUAGAAGCCAAAAGUCCAGAGGGUGGAUUUAAGAUGCCAAAAUUCAAAAUGCCAAAAUUUGGAUUCAAAUCGUCUAAAGCUGAUAUGCCAAGUAUGGAUGAGUCAGAUGUAAAUGUCAACAUUAAAAGUCCAUCUGUUGACAUAGAGGUUCCAGAAGGAAAAAUCAAAGGUCCUAAAAUCAAUAUGCCAUCUGUCUCAGGGCCAAAUAUUAAUUUGCCUGAUCUGGAUUUUAAUCUUAAAGGCCCGAAAUUAAAAGGGGAUGUGGAUAUCUCGGUUCCCAAAAUUGAAGGUGACCUCAAAUCACCGAAAGUUGAAAUUGAAGGCCCAGAUGUGGAUGUUGAAGGACCAGAGGGUUUGAAGAUGCCAAAAUUCAAAAUGCCAUCAUUUGGGGUCAAAGGGCCAAAAGUUGAGGGCCCCGAUAUUGACUUAAACCUACCAAAAGGAGAUAUUGAUGUCAAAGGCCCGAAGAUUGAUAUUAAAAGCCCAGAUAUUGAUGUUGAAGGACCAGAAGGGAAAAUCAAAGGUCCAAAAUUCAAAAUGCCAACUUUAUCGGGUCCAAAGCUCUCAAUGCCUGAUGUGGACAUUAAUAUAAAGGGCCCUAAAUUAAAGGGGGAUAUGGAGAUCUCGGUUCCCAAGAUUGAAGGUGACAUCAGAGCACCAAAAGUUGAAAUUGAAGGCCCAGAUGUGGAUGUUGAAGGACCUGGGGCUAGUUUGAAGAUGCCAAAAAUCAAAAUGCCAUCAUUUGGCCUCAAAGGUCCAAAGGUUCAGGGUACCGAUAUUGAUGUAAAUCUACCAAAGACAGAUAUUGAUGUCAAAGGCCCUAAGAUUGACAUUCAAAGCCCAGACAUCGACAUUGAAGGGCCAGAAGGAAAAAUCAAAGGUCCUAAAUUCAAAAUGCCAACCAUUUCAGGUCCAAAGAUCUCAAUGCCUGAUGUGGACUUUAAUCUUAAAGGACCUAAAUUAAAGGGUGAUAUGGAUGUGUCUGUUCCCAAGAUUGAAGGUGACCUUAAAGCACCGAAAGUUGAAAUUGAAGGCCAAGAUUUGGAUGUUGAAGGAGUAGAGGGUGGUUUGAAAAUGCCAAAAUUCAAAAUGCCAUCAUUUGGGCUCAAAGGUCCAAAAGUUGAGGGCCCUGAUAUUGAUGUAAAUCUACCAAAAGGAGAUAUUGAUGUGAAAGGACCCAAGAUUGACAUCCAGAGCCCCGAUAUUGACAUUGAAGGGCCAGAAGGGAAAAUCAAAGGUCCCAAAUUCAAAAUGCCAACUAUAUCUGGUCCAAAGAUCUCAAUGCCUGAUAUGGAUUUCAAUCUGAAAGGACCUAAAAUAAAGGGUGAUAUGGAUGUGUCUGUUCCCAAGAUUGAAGGUGAUAUUAAAGCACCAAAAGUAGACAUUGAAGGUCCAGAUUUUGAUGUAGAAGGCACAGGAGGCUUGAAGAUGCCAAAAUUCAAAAUGCCAUCAUUUGGGGUGAAAGGGCCAAAAGUUGAAGGCCCCGAUAUUGACUUAAACCUACCAAAAGGAGAUAUUGAUGUCAAAGGCCCUAAGAUUGAUAUCAAAAGCCCAGAUAUUGAUGUUGAAGGACCAGAAGGAAAAAUCAAAGGUCCCAAAUUCAAAAUGCCAACCAUAUCUGGUCCAAAGAUCUCAAUGCCUGAUGUGGACUUUAAUCUUAAAGGUCCUAAAUUAAAGGGGGAUGUGGAUAUCUCAGUUCCCAAGAUUGAAGGUGACCUUAAAGCACCGAAAGUGGACAUUGAAGUCCCAGAUGUGGAUAUUGAAGGAGUAGAGGGUGGUUUGAAAAUGCCAAAAUUCAAAAUGCCAUCAUUUGGGCUCAAAGGUCCAAAAGUUGAGGGCCCUGAUAUUGAUGUAAAUCUACCAAAGACAGACGUUGAUGUGAAAGGACCCAAGAUUGACAUCCAAAGCCCCGAGUUUGACAUUGAAGGGCCAGAAGGGAAAAUCAAAGGUCCCAAAUUCAAAAUGCCAACUAUAUCUGGUCCAAAGAUGUCAAUGCCUGAUGUGGAUUUCAAUCUGAAAGGACCUAAAAUAAAGGGUGAUAUGGAUGUGUCCGUUCCCAAGAUUGAAGGUGAUAUUAAAGCACCAAAAGUAGACAUUGAAGGUCCAGAUUUUGAUGUAGAAGGCACAGGAGGAGGCUUCAAGAUGCCAAAAUUCAAAAUGCCAUCAUUUGGGGUGAAAGGGCCAAAAGUUGAGGGCCCCGAUAUUGACUUAAACCUACCAAAAGGAGAUAUUGAUGUCAAAGGCCCUAAAAUUGAUAUCAAAAGCCCAGAUAUUGAUGUUGAAGGACCAGAAGGGAAAAUCAAAGGUCCCAAAUUCAAAAUGCCAACCAUAUCUGGUCCAAAGAUCUCAAUGCCUGAUGUGGACUUUAAUCUUAAAGGCCCUAAAUUAAAGGGGGAUGUGGAUAUCUCAGUUCCCAAGAUUGAAGGUGACCUUAAAGCACCGAAAGUGGACAUUGAAGGCCCAGAUGUGGAUGUUGAAGGAGUAGAGGGUGGUUUGAAAAUGCCAAAAUUCAAAAUGCCAUCAUUUGGGCUCAGAGGUCCAAAAGUUGAGGGCCCUGAUAUUGAUGUAAAUCUACCAAAGACAGAUAUUGAUGUGAAAGGACCCAAGAUUGACAUCCAGAGGCCCGAUAUUGACAUUGAAGGGCCAGAAGGGAAAAUCAAAGGUCCCAAAUUCAAAAUGCCAAAUAUAUCUGGUCCAAAGAUCUCAAUGCCUGACAUGGAUUUCAAUCUGAAAGGACCUAAAAUAAAGGGUGAUAUGGAUGUCUCUGUUCCCAAGAUUGAAGGUGAUAUUAAAGCACCAAAAGUAGACGUUGAAGGUCCAGAUUUUGAUGUAGAAGGCACAGGAGGAGGCUUCAAGAUGCCAAAAUUCAAAAUGCCAUCAUUUGGGGUGAAAGGGCCAAAAGUUGAGGGCCCCGAUAUUGACUUAAACCUACCAAAAGGAGAUAUUGAUGUCAAAGGCCCUAAAAUUGAUAUCAAAAGCCCAGAUAUUGAUGUUGAAGGACCAGAAGGGAAAAUCAAAGGUCCCAAAUUCAAAAUGCCAACCAUAUCUGGUCCAAAGAUCUCAAUGCCUGAUGUGGACUUUAAUCUUAAAGGUCCUAAAUUAAAGGGGGAUGUGGAUGUCUCAGUUCCCAAGAUUGAAGGUGACCUUAAAGCACCGAAAGUGGACAUUGAAGUCCCAGAUGUGGAUGUUGAAGGAGUAGAGGGUGGUUUGAAAAUGCCAAAAUUCAAAAUGCCAUCAUUUGGGCUCAGAGGUCCAAAAGUUGAGGGCCCUGAUAUUGAUGUAAAUCUACCAAAGACAGACGUUGAUGUGAAAGGACCCAAGAUUGACAUCCAAAGCCCCGAUAUUGACAUUGAAGGACCAGAAGGGAAAAUCAAAGGUCCCAAAUUCAAAAUGCCAACCAUAUCUGGUCCAAAGAUCUCAAUGCCUGAUGUGGACUUUAAUCUUAAAGGUCCUAAAUUAAAGGGGGAUGUGGAUAUCUCAGUUCCCAAGAUUGAAGGUGACCUUAAAGCACCGAAAGUAGAAAUUGAAGUCCCAGAUGUGGAUUUUGAAGGAGUAGAGGGUGGUUUGAAAAUGCCAAAAUUCAAAAUGCCAUCAUUUGGGCUCAAAGGUCCAAAAGUUGAGGGCCCUGAUAUUGAUGUAAAUCUACCAAAGACAGACGUUGAUGUGAAAGGACCCAAGAUUGACAUCCAAAGCCCCGAGUUUGACAUUGAAGGGCCAGAAGGGAAAAUCAAAGGUCCCAAAUUCAAAAUGCCAACUAUAUCUGGUCCAAAGAUGUCAAUGCCUGAUGUGGAUUUCAAUCUGAAAGGACCUAAAAUAAAGGGUGAUAUGGAUGUGUCUGUUCCCAAGAUUGAAGGUGAUAUUAAAGCACCAAAAGUAGACAUUGAAGGUCCAGAUUUUGAUGUAGAAGGCACAGGAGGAGGCUUCAAGAUGCCAAAAUUCAAAAUGCCAUCAUUUGGGGUGAAAGGGCCAAAAGUUGAGGGCCCCGAUAUUGACUUAAACCUACCAAAAGGAGAUAUUGAUGUCAAAGGCCCUAAAAUUGAUAUUAAAAGCCCAGAUAUUGAUGUUGAAGGACCAGAAGGGAAAAUCAAAGGUCCCAAAUUCAAAAUGCCAACCAUAUCUGGUCCAAAGAUCUCAAUGCCUGAUGUGGACUUUAAUCUUAAAGGUCCUAAAUUAAAGGGGGAUGUGGAUAUCUCAGUUCCCAAGAUUGAAGGUGACCUUAAAGCACCGAAAGUGGACAUUGAAGGCCCAGAUGUGGAUGUUGAAGGAGUAGAGGGUGGUUUGAAAAUGCCAAAAUUCAAAAUGCCAUCAUUUGGGCUCAAAGGUCCAAAAGUUGAGGGCCCUGAUAUUGAUGUAAAUCUACCAAAGACAGACGUUGAUGUGAAAGGACCCAAGAUUGACAUCCAAAGCCCCGAUAUUGACAUUGAAGGGCCAGAAGGGAAAAUUAAAGGUCCCAAAUUCAAAAUGCCAACUAUAUCUGGUCCAAAGAUGUCAAUGCCUGAUGUGGAUUUCAAUCUGAAAGGACCUAAAUUAAAGGGUGAUAUGGAUGUCUCUGUUCCCAAGAUUGAAGGUGAUAUUAAAGCACCAAAAGUAGACAUUGAAGGUCCAGAUUUUGAUGUAGAAGGCACAGGAGGAGGCUUCAAGAUGCCAAAAUUCAAAAUGCCAUCAUUUGGGGUGAAAGGGCCAAAAGUUGAGGGCCCCGAUAUUGACUUAAACCUACCAAAAGGAGAUAUUGAUGUCAAAGGCCCUAAGAUUGAUAUUAAAAGCCCAGAUAUUGAUGUUGAAGGACCAGAAGGGAAAAUCAAAGGUCCCAAAUUCAAAAUGCCAACCAUAUCUGGUCCAAAGAUCUCAAUGCCUGAUGUGGACUUUAAUCUUAAAGGUCCUAAAUUAAAGGGGGAUGUGGAUAUCUCAGUUCCCAAGAUUGAAGGUGACCUUAAAGCACCGAAAGUGGACAUUGAAGGCCCAGAUGUGGAUGUUGAAGGAGUAGAGGGUGGUUUGAAAAUGCCAAAAUUCAAAAUGCCAUCAUUUGGGCUCAAAGGUCCAAAAGUUGAGGGCCCUGAUAUUGAUGUAAAUCUACCAAAGACAGACGUUGAUGUGAAAGGACCCAAGAUUGACAUCCAAAGCCCCGAUAUUGACAUUGAAGGGCCGGAAGGGAAAAUCAAAGGUCCCAAAUUCAAAAUGCCAACUAUAUCUGGUCCAAAGAUCUCAAUGCCUGAUGUGGAUUUCAAUCUGAAAGGACCUAAAUUAAAGGGUGAUAUGGAUGUGUCUGUUCCCAAAAUUGAAGGUGAUAUUAAAGCACCAAAAGUAGACAUUGAAGGUCCAGAUUUUGAUGUAGAAGGCACAGGAGGAGGCUUCAAGAUGCCAAAAUUCAAAAUGCCAUCAUUUGGGGUGAAAGGGCCAAAAGUUGAGGGCCCCGAUAUUGACCUAAACCUACCAAAAGGAGAUAUUGAUGUCAAAGGCCCUAAGAUUGAUAUUAAAAGCCCAGAUAUUGAUGUUGAAGGACCAGAAGGAAAAAUCAAAGGUCCCAAAUUCAAAAUGCCAACCAUAUCUGGUCCAAAGAUCUCAAUGCCUGAUGUGGACUUUAAUCUUAAAGGUCCUAAAUUAAAGGGGGAUGUGGAUAUCUCAGUUCCCAAGAUUGAAGGUGACCUUAAAGCACCGAAAGUGGACAUUGAAGGCCCAGAUGUGGAUGUUGAAGGAGUAGAGGGUGGUUUGAAAAUGCCAAAAUUCAAAAUGCCAUCAUUUGGGCUCAAAGGUCCAAAAGUUGAGGGCCCUGAUAUUGAUGUAAAUCUACCAAAGACAGACGUUGAUGUGAAAGGACCCAAGAUUGACAUCCAAAGCCCCGAUAUUGACAUUGAAGGGCCAGAAGGGAAAAUCAAAGGUCCCAAAUUCAAAAUGCCAACUAUAUCUGGUCCAAAGAUGUCAAUGCCUGAUGUGGAUUUCAAUCUGAAAGGACCUAAAUUAAAGGGUGAUAUGGAUGUGUCUGUUCCCAAGAUUGAAGGUGAUAUUAAAGCACCAAAAGUAGACAUUGAAGGUCCAGAUUUUGAUGUAGAAGGCACAGGAGGAGGCUUCAAGAUGCCAAAAUUCAAAAUGCCAUCAUUUGGGGUGAAAGGGCCAAAAGUUGAGGGCCCCGAUAUUGACUUAAACCUACCAAAAGGAGAUAUUGAUGUCAAAGGCCCUAAGAUUGAUAUUAAAAGCCCAGAUAUUGAUGUUGAAGGACCAGAAGGGAAAAUCAAAGGUCCCAAAUUCAAAAUGCCAACCAUAUCUGGUCCAAAGAUCUCAAUGCCUGAUGUGGACUUUAAUCUUAAAGGUCCUAAAUUAAAGGGGGAUGUGGAUAUCUCAGUUCCCAAGAUUGAAGGUGACCUUAAAGCACCGAAAGUGGACAUUGAAGGCCCAGAUAUGGAUGUUGAAGGAGUAGAGGGUGGUUUGAAAAUGCCAAAAUUCAAAAUGCCAUCAUUUGGGCUCAAAGGUCCAAAAGUUGAGGGCCCUGAUAUUGAUGUAAAUCUACCAAAGACAGACGUUGAUGUGAAAGGACCCAAGAUUGACAUCCAAAGCCCCGAUAUUGACAUUGAAGGGCCAGAAGGGAAAAUUAAAGGUCCCAAAUUCAAAAUGCCAACUAUAUCUGGUCCAAAGAUGUCAAUGCCUGAUGUGGAUUUCAAUCUGAAAGGACCUAAAUUAAAGGGUGAUAUGGAUGUGUCUGUUCCCAAGAUUGAAGGUGAUAUUAAAGCACCAAAAGUAGACAUUGAAGGUCCAGAUUUUGAUGUAGAAGGCACAGGAGGAGGCUUCAAGAUGCCAAAAUUCAAAAUGCCAUCAUUUGGGGUGAAAGGGCCAAAAGUUGAGGGCCCCGAUAUUGACUUAAACCUACCAAAAGGAGAUAUUGAUGUCAAAGGCCCUAAGAUUGAUAUUAAAAGCCCAGAUAUUGAUGUUGAAGGACCAGAAGGGAAAAUCAAAGGUCCCAAAUUCAAAAUGCCAACCAUAUCUGGUCCAAAGAUGUCAAUGCCUGAUGUGGAUUUCAAUCUGAAAGGACCUAAAUUAAAGGGUGAUAUGGAUGUGUCUGUUCCCAAGAUUGAAGGUGAUAUUAAAGCACCAAAAGUAGACAUUGAAGGUCCAGAUUUUGAUGUAGAAGGCACAGGAGGAGGCUUCAAGAUGCCAAAAUUCAAAAUGCCAUCAUUUGGGGUGAAAGGGCCAAAAGUUGAGGGCCCCGAUAUUGACUUAAACCUACCAAAAGGAGAUAUUGAUGUCAAAGGCCCUAAGAUUGAUAUUAAAAGCCCAGAUAUUGAUGUUGAAGGACCAGAAGGGAAAAUCAAAGGUCCCAAAUUCAAAAUGCCAACCAUAUCUGGUCCAAAGAUCUCAAUGCCUGAUGUGGACUUUAAUCUUAAAGGUCCUAAAUUAAAGGGGGAUGUGGAUAUCUCAGUUCCCAAGAUUGAAGGUGACCUUAAAGCACCGAAAGUGGACAUUGAAGGCCCAGAUAUGGAUGUUGAAGGAGUAGAGGGUGGUUUGAAAAUGCCAAAAUUCAAAAUGCCAUCAUUUGGGCUCAAAGGUCCAAAAGUUGAGGGCCCUGAUAUUGAUGUAAAUCUACCAAAGACAGACGUUGAUGUGAAAGGACCCAAGAUUGACAUCCAAAGCCCCGAUAUUGACAUUGAAGGGCCAGAAGGGAAAAUCAAAGGUCCCAAAUUCAAAAUGCCAACUAUAUCUGGUCCAAAGAUCUCAAUGCCUGAUGUGGAUAUCAAUCUGAAAGGACCUAAAUUAAAGGGUGAUAUGGAUGUGUCUGUUCCCAAGAUUGAAGGUGAUAUUAAAGCACCAAAAGUAGACAUUGAAGGUCCAGAUUUUGAUGUAGAAGGCACAGGAGGAGGCUUCAAGAUGCCAAAAUUCAAAAUGCCAUCAUUUGGGGUGAAAGGGCCAAAAGUUGAGGGCCCCGAUAUUGACUUAAACCUACCAAAAGGAGAUAUUGAUGUCAAAGGCCCUAAGAUUGAUAUUAAAAGCCCAGAUAUUGAUGUUGAAGGACCAGAAGGGAAAAUCAAAGGUCCCAAAUUCAAAAUGCCAACCAUAUCUGGUCCAAAGAUCUCAAUGCCUGAUGUGGACUUUAAUCUUAAAGGUCCUAAAUUAAAGGGGGAUGUGGAUAUCUCAGUUCCCAAGAUUGAAGGUGACCUUAAAGCACCGAAAGUGGACAUUGAAGUCCCAGAUGUGGAUGUUGAAGGAGUAGAGGGUGGUUUGAAAAUGCCAAAAUUCAAAAUGCCAUCAUUUGGGCUCAAAGGUCCAAAAGUUGAGGGCCCUGAUAUUGAUGUAAAUCUACCAAAGACAGACGUUGAUGUGAAAGGACCCAAGAUUGACAUCCAAAGCCCCGAUAUUGACAUUGAAGGGCCAGAAGGGAAAAUCAAAGGUCCCAAAUUCAAAAUGCCAACUAUAUCUGGUCCAAAGAUCUCAAUGCCUGAUGUGGAUUUCAAUCUGAAAGGACCUAAAUUAAAGGGUGAUAUGGAUGUCUCUGUUCCCAAGAUUGAAGGUGAUAUUAAAGCACCAAAAGUAGACAUUGAAGGUCCAGAUUUUGAUGUAGAAGGCACAGGAGGAGGCUUCAAGAUGCCAAAAUUCAAAAUGCCAUCAUUUGGGGUGAAAGGGCCAAAAGUUGAGGGCCCCGAUAUUGACUUAAACCUACCAAAAGGAGAUAUUGAUGUCAGAGGCCCUAAAAUUGAUAUCAAAAGCCCAGAUAUUGAUGUUGAAGGACCAGAAGGAAAAAUCAAAGGUCCCAAAUUCAAAAUGCCAACCAUAUCUGGUCCAAAGAUCUCAAUGCCUGAUGUGGACUUUAAUCUUAAAGGUCCUAAAUUAAAGGGGGAUGUGGAUAUCUCAGUUCCCAAGAUUGAAGGUGACCUUAAAGCACCGAAAGUGGACAUUGAAGGCCCAGAUGUGGAUGUUGAAGGAGUAGAGGGUGGUUUGAAAAUGCCAAAAUUCAAAAUGCCAUCAUUUGGGCUCAAAGGUCCAAAAGUUGAGGGCCCUGAUAUUGAUGUAAAUCUACCAAAGACAGACGUUGAUGUGAAAGGACCCAAGAUUGACAUCCAAAGCCCCAAUAUUGACAUUGAAGGGCCAGAAGGGAAAAUCAAAGGUCCCAAAUUCAAAAUGCCAACUAUAUCUGGUCCAAAGAUCUCAAUGCCUGAUGUGGAUUUCAAUCUGAAAGGACCUAAAUUAAAGGGUGAUAUGGAUGUGUCUGUUCCCAAGAUUGAAGGUGAUAUUAAAGCACCAAAAGUAGACAUUGAAGGUCCAGAUUUUGAUGUAGAAGGCACAGGAGGAGGCUUCAAGAUGCCAAAAUUCAAAAUGCCAUCAUUUGGGGUGAAAGGGCCAAAAGUUGAGGGCCCCGAUAUUGACUUAAACCUACCAAAAGGAGAUAUUGAUGUCAAAGGCCCUAAAAUUGAUAUCAAAAGCCCAGAUAUUGAUGUUGAAGGACCAGAAGGAAAAAUCAAAGGUCCCAAAUUCAAAAUGCCAACCAUAUCUGGUCCAAAGAUCUCAAUGCCUGAUGUGGACUUUAAUCUUAAAGGUCCUAAAUUAAAGGGGGAUGUGGAUAUCUCAGUUCCCAAGAUUGAAGGUGACCUUAAAGCACCGAAAGUGGACAUUGAAGGCCCAGAUGUGGAUGUUGAAGGAGUAGAGGGUGGUUUGAAAAUGCCAAAAUUCAAAAUGCCAUCAUUUGGGCUCAAAGGUCCAAAAGUUGAGGGCCCUGAUAUUGAUAUAAAUCUACCAAAGACAGACGUUGAUGUGAAAGGACCCAAGAUUGACAUCCAGAGCCCCGAUAUUGACAUUGAAGGGCCAGAAGGGAAAAUCAAAGGUCCCAAAUUCAAAAUGCCAACUAUAUCUGGUCCAAAGAUCUCAAUGCCUGAUGUGGAUUUCAAUCUGAAAGGCCCUAAAUUAAAGGGUGAUAUGGAUGUCUCUGUUCCCAAGAUUGAAGGUGAUAUUAAAGCACCGAAAGUAGACAUUGAAGGUCCAGAUUUUGAUGUAGAAGGCACAGGAGGAGGCAUCAAAAUGCCAAAAUUCAAAAUGCCAUCAUUUGGGGUGAAAGGGCCAAAAGUUGAGGGCCCCGAUAUUGACUUAAACCUACCAAAAGGAGAUAUUGAUGUCAAAGGCAAUAAAAAAAUUGAUAUUAAAAGCCCAGAUAUUGAUGUUGAAGGACCAGAAGGAAAAAUCAAAGGUCCCAAAUUCAAAAUGCCAACUAUAUCUGGUCCAAAGGUCUCAAUGCCUGAUGUGGAUUUAAAUCUGAAAGGACCUAAAAUAAAGGGUGAUAUGGAUGUGUCUGUUCCCAAGAUUGAAGGUGAUAUUAAAGCACCAAAAAUAGACAUUGAAGGUCCAGAUUUUGAUGUAGAAGGCACAGGAGGAGGCAUCAAAAUGCCAAAAAUCAAAAUGCCAUCAUUGGGCCUCAAAGGUCCAAAAGGUGAAGGCCCUGAUAUUGAUAUAAAUCUGCCAAAGGGAGAUAUUGAUGUGAAAGGCCCUAAUAUCGAUAUCAAAAGCCCAGAUAUUGACAUUGAAGGACCAGAAAGCAAUAUCAGAGGUCCCAAAUUCAAAAUGCCAACUAUAUCCGGUCCAAAGAUCGCAAUGCCUGACAUGGAUUUCAAUCUUAAAGGCCCUAAAAUAAAGGGGGAUGUUGAUUUGUCUAUUCCCAAGAUUGAAGGUGACAUUAAGGCACCCAAAAUUGACAUUGAAGGACCUAAUAUCAAUAUGGAGGGAGCAGAGUUUAAUAUCCCCAAAAUCAAAGUGCCAUCCUUUGGAAUUAAGGGGCCAGUAGUGGAUUCUGAUGCUGAAGUAAAUGUUCCCAAAGUUAAAGCUGAUAUAAAAGGACCAGUCGUGGAUAUCAAAGGGCCGAAGAUUGGCAAGGGUCUCGAAGACCCUGAUGUGGACAUCCAUUUGAAGGGAAAGAAAGGUAAAUUGAAAGUGCCCAAGGUGAAAGGAAAGAUGAAGACUGAUCUUAAUGUUGAUUCUAAAACUGGCAAUGUUGAGCUAUCUGCAGACUCACCUGACUUGCAUCUCAAAGGACCUAAGGUUAAGAAGCCAUUGUUUGGAAAGUUACAUUUUCCUGAUGUGGAAUUUGACAUCAAAUCCCCAAAGGUUAAAGGAGGUGGUUCAGUGUCUGGAAAUUCAAAAUCAGUUGAAUUUGGUUCAUCACCUGGGAGUCUUAAAGCAGAUAUACCAGGAGUUGAUAUUCAGUCACCAAAUGUUAGCUUGGAGGGCCCAGACAUCAAAGCUAAAAAAUCCAAAAUCAAAAUGCCAAAGUUAAUGUCAGGUACCAAGGUCAAAUCUGCUGAUGUUGAUGUCAAUAUUCCGAAGCUACAAUCACCUGAAAUGAGUAUGAACCUGGGUGCUUCUGAUGCUAGGUUAGAAGGGCAAGGCAUAAAAGUUAAGGGCAGUUUGACAGACCCUGAGAUAAAAGGGACCUUUGAAGGUAGAGUGAAGGGGCACACAGAUACAGAAGGCUUUAAAGCAGAAGGAUUUCAAGGUGUCGAGCUGAAUAUGCCAACUGCAAAGUUUAAAGUACCCCAUGUAAGUUCUUCAGAUAAGAAAACAGGAGAAAUAGGCAUGCAUACAGAUGUUGCAGACUCAAGUACAAUAGAGUAUACGGAGGGUAAUGUAACCUUUCCUAAGAUUAAAGUGCCAAAAUUUGGAAUAGCUUUGCCUCAGAUAGAAGGAAGGGAGAUGGGUGUGGAUGUAGGGUCAGGAGAAUUAACCGCUAGUGGUAAUGUUAGUUCAAAUCUGGAGGUGCCAUGUCCAGAUUUAAAAAUCAGUGGUGGGAAAGUCAAAGUCAAAAAGCCACGAUUCUUUGGCAAGUCUAAAGCUAAGGGUGGAAGUGCAGCUGAUCUUACCUUUCAGGGACCUGAAGUUGAAGGUACAGUAGAGGGGGGUGCCAAAGUGUCUAAAGGAUUAAGUGCAAGUUCUGGGGAGCUUAUAGGUGGAAAAAUGGUAGAGGGGAGUUCUGGUUUAAAAAUUUCACCUAAGAGUAAAUCUGCUUCACUUGAUCUUUACAAGAAAUCAAAGCACCGUUCUUCAUCACUCAGUGAUGAAGGAGAACUUGCUUCCCCUUCUUCUGUAGAAGGGCAUUUACAGACAGAAGGCGGUAACAUUUCAAUGGAUGUUGGAGGGGCUAAAGUGAAAGGCAAAAAAGGAGUGCUGAAGUUUGGCACAUUUGGUGGGUUUGGCUCAAAAUCCAAGGGUUCAUAUGAAGUGACACUUGGAGAAGAUAGUGAAGCAAGGAUUGAAGGAGCUGGAGUUGUUUCCCCUUCCAAGAAGUCUAGAGUGUCAUCAUCAUCUAGCAGUGAUAGUGUUUCAAAGGGUGGUUUUCGCUUCCCAAGGGUUGAAAUUGCUGUUUCACCAAAGAAAUAAUGUUAUAAGAAAUAAUAAUAAGUUGUGAUAUGAUUAAAAGGCACUAUUGUUUUGCCUUUCUAUAUGCUAUGAAUUCACAUACACUCUAAUGCUUUAUACUAGACAGCUACUUUAUAAGCCUCAUCUAACUACAGUGCACUGUCAUAAAUGUAGACAUUUUGUCUAGUUUUCCUUUUAGCAUUCCAAAUAAUAGUCCUUUCAUUUUGCUGGGGUACAUGUCAUGUCUUUUAACUGUAAAUAAGAGAAAUCUGUAAUUUUCAUUAUCACUUGUAAAUAGGAAAAAAAAGUCUACCAUCACAUUUUCUAUCCACUACCACAGAAAUGUUGAAAUGGCAUAUUUGCAUCUGGUUUUUAACACUUUUUUGUGAUAUGAUAAUUAUAUUUUUGUAUUUGUUCAUCUUUAGGGGAAAUGGUUUAGCAAGCAUCUGUCAAAUAUUAUCUCUGUUGUUAUUUUACUGUUAACAGGAUGUAUGUGCCUUUCAUAUAUUGUUUCAUCAAAACAAACCCAGAACAUUUAUUGUGUGAGAUUUUAUAAUUUUGAAAUCAAUUCUGUAUAAUACUUAAGUGACAGUUCAUCCAAAUGACAUUUUAUAUUUUAGAUCUGUAAAAAUGUAAAUAAACUGCUGAUACACUUUAAUAAAUUGGGAAUUAUCCUUUUAGCACCAAAAAAACCAAUAAGCCAAAAUCUAUACAAACAUUUUUAAAGAAUUUAUAUCUGAUGAGGCUGUGAACUUCCACAAAUCAGUAAACCAAAACAGCUUAUCAGCCAUUACUCUUUUAAUGUACACUUGCUGUCCCCCAGUGCACCAUAUCACCCCCACCUCUUCCCUCUUUAUCUCUCUCUCUCUUAGUCUCCUUUGUUCCUGUGAAUGGCUGUGCUGGAAUGUGUUCAUUUUUGAUUCACUGUCAUCUGCAAAAUCAAAUAAAGUAUUCAGUUAUCAGUGUG